CGGCCCCAAAGCAAGCGACAUGUCCCACUGGGGAGCAGUCCUCGCGCACCCCCAGAGCAGGACGCACGCAGGGGUCGGUGGUGGCUUCAGGGCUCGGGCCAGCACCCGUGGCGGGCGGGACGCCUGCGGAGGCCAGCUGCUGGUAACCAGAGAGUCCAGAGGCGCGUGGGGCCGUGUGUGAGAGCCGGAAGCCUGCAGCCAUGCCUCACAGCUCCGACAGCAGCGACUCCAGUUUCAGCCGUUCUCCUCCCCCUGGCAAGCAGGAUAGCUCCGACGACGUGAGAAAAGUCCAGCGCAGGGAGAAAAACCGAAUCGCUGCCCAGAAGAGCCGGCAGAGACAGACGCAGAAAGCUGACACCCUGCACUUGGAGAGCGAGGACCUGGAGAAGCAGAAUGCAGCUCUGCGCAAGGAGAUCAAACAGCUCACGGAGGAGAUGAAGUAUUUCACGUCAGUGCUGAGUAGCCACGAGCCACUGUGCUCUGUGCUGGCCACCAGCACGCCCUCACCCCCCGAGGUGGUGUACAGUGCCCACGCCUUCCACCAACCUCACGUCAGCUCCCCGCGCUUCCAGCCCUGAGCAUCGAGAUGAACCCAUUCCCGGUGGUGGGGAGCCCGCACGGCCCCAUCCCUGCUGGCCACCACGCCACGAGGCCUCUGGAGGGACACACAGACUGCGGCCACAUUGCCCAUGCCGCUCAACGCACUCCGUGUGCCUGGAGAGCUGGAGGCAAGCAUGGGGCAAGGACUGAAUGGAGAGGGUUCUGGCAGCUAGAGCAACAUGAGCCUUCACCUCCUCCACCACCACUCCGCCCACAGCGCCAGGGCAGUGGACAGCAUGGGCUGGACACAGGACACCAGGUGGGGGAAACCCCAACCAGAGCAGGAUCAAGCUCGCAGCUCAAGUCCCACGGCCCCUGAAGGGAGGAGGGCCGGGUGGGGUGGUUUUUCUAAAUAAAUGUCUUCAAAG